UCAUCGAUCGAAUCUCAGCCGCUAAAUAGCUGCACCUCCACUGAACUUAAAACUCUCAAAAACCACCAUACACUUGCUCCACUUUCAACCUCGACUCUAGGGUUUUACCGUUUCAGUCCUCAAAAACUUUUCCUUAAUUUCUCUGCACUCGCCGGCGAAACAACAAGAAGAACAAAAAAGAAACAAACAGCGGCGAAAAAUGGCCGCACCUGAAGCCCCUCUGUGCUAUGUAGGCGUUGCUAAAGCAUCCCCUGCUUUUCGCCUCAUGAAACAAAUGGGAUGGGAGGAAGGAGAGGGGCUGGGGAAAGACAAGCAGGGGAUCAAAGGAUACGUUAGAGUAAAAAACAAACAGGACACUACAGGUGUUGGUGUAGAUAAGCCAAAUAAUUGGGCAUUUGAUACUACUCAAUUUGAUAGUAUUCUCAAGAGAUUGAAAGUGCAAGCAGCACAACCAACUGAUGAAGUGUCUGUACUGAAUACAGUUGUUGAGAAGGAGAAGGAUAAUGAAGAAAAAACAAAGACUGGUUUAUCUAGUGAUCAUCACCAGGAGCCAGUCAAGGCUACUCGACCACAGGGAAGAUAUAAGAGAAGGGAGAGAGGGAAGCUUGUCCAAGCAUAUUCUUCAAAGGAUCUUGAAGGAAUUUUAGUCAAAAAGGUUCAGGACACAGACCCUAUUGUAGAUAAUGAACUGCAGUCUGCAGAAGCUUAUGAGACUGAAGCUUUGUAUUCUGCAGAAUGCAAAGCUGAAGCUGUAUCUCAAGAAUGGUGGGGCUAUAAAUCUGGGUUUGUCUCAGGAGGUUUUCUUGGAGCACAAAGUAAAAAGAAAUCAAAUAGAACUGUAAAUGGUCAAAAUCAUAAUGAGAGGACUGUCUUUCAUGAAGAAGAUCAAGAGAACCUCUAUAAACUUGUCCAAGAUAAUGCCACAGCUGGAAAGCAAGGAUUGGGCAUUAAGAGUCAACCAAAGAAAAUAGCUGGUGUUCGCUUUCAGGGAAAAAGGACAUCAUUUACUGACAGUGAUGAUGAGGACUCUGCCGACGAAGACAUGGAUUCUGCUGAUUAUGAUUCCUCAGUUGAAGAAAAACAUUCUGACACUUCAGUAAAGGAAGAUUAUGACGAAGGAAAUGCUAGUAAUGAGAAUAUUGCUCAUCUUAGUUCCUCAGGAAAACGAAAACGCGACAACACUCCAGAAAUGGAAAAUAUUGACAAACAAAAGUUGAACUUGAAAAAGCUCUGUAAACGGCUUCUUCAUCAGGUACCUGAAGAGUCACUAAAGCUAAAAAAGCUAAAAAUUCUUAUCGAAGAACAUUCAUCUUCUGCUUUUUCCAGUUUCUCUUCAAAAAAAGAUGCUAUAGCUUACCUGAAACGAAAGCUGGAAGGCAGUCGGAGAUUCUCUAUAGAGGGUAAAAGAGUGAGUCUCAGAUGCAGGAGAGGCUGAAAUUUUGGUCAUGCAUUCAGCUGCCUGUGCGGAUCAGGUCUGCAAACUACAGCUGAGACAAUUUUUAAUCAGAUCUACAUACAAGAUUCAGUUAUUGCCAUUUACGUGUUUUUUUAUAAAUAUUCUUAAUUUUUAAUUAUCAGGCCAUGUAAAAUUCAUUGAGGGUGUCGGCAAUUGGCCGACUGUAUCAUGAAAUGGUCAUCAUAACAAUUUUGUUAAGAAUAAUGCAUUGAUGAUGAGGAAUAUUUGUAUAAAAUAGAAGUUUUAUUAUCA